UGAGACUUGGGAAGAGCUCUGCGGUCCCUGGGGGUCCAUUUGGCCUCGGUUUGAUCACUUCUGGGGAUCGGAUGCUCGCUGCUUUGUGGGAGACCAUUCAUUUCAUACAUCUAUGGAGUCCCUCUGACAUGUAGGUUUAAGAGGCAAGCUCACCUCAGGCGGCUGCUUGGCCUGUGCUGUGAUUCAGACGUGACUGUGUAGAGAGCUGGACCGACUUCUUCCUGGCUCGUGAGAAGCUGUGUCCUAACUGGGCCAGGGCUGUCCCUGGUCAUGUCAGAUCAGAAGCCGGGUUCUCAGCUGCCUCUGCUAACACCUACGCGCAACCCGCCAAGCCCCAGGAUCCGGCCUGGGAGCGCUCCUCGAGCGCCAUGGCCCCCUGCCCUGUGCUGCAGAAGGAGAGGCUGUUCCAGUCCGGAAGGCACACCUACAGAAUCCCCGCCCUGCUCCACCUGCCCCAGCAGAACACCCUGCUGGCCUUCGCCGAGAAGCGGGCGAGUAAGAAGGACGAGCAUGCAGAGCUGAUUGUCCUGCGCAGAGGCACGUAUGACGUGUCCGCCCACUGGGUCCAGUGGCAAGACCAGGAGGUGGUGGCCCAAGCCCAGCUGGAGGGACACCGGUCCAUGAACCCGUGCCCCUUGUAUGACGAGAAGACGGGGACCCUUUUCCUCUUCUUCAUUGCCGUCCUGGGCCAGGUCACCGAGCACCACCAGCUCCACAUGGGGCACAAUGUGGCGCGGCUGUGCCACGUCACCAGCACCGACCACGGCAAGACCUGGAGCCCCGCCACGGACCUCACCGACUCCGCCAUUGGCUCAGCCCAAAGGGAGUGGGCCACGUUCGCGGUGAGCCCGGGGCACGGUCUACAGCUGCACAACAAGCCCCAGAGCCUGGUGCUGCCUGCCUACGCCUACCGGAAACUUCCCUCCCAGCGUGGGCCGGUCCCCUUCGCCUUCUGCUUCAUCAGCCACGACCACGGGCUCACGUGGCAAAGGGGGAACUUCGUGGCCCCGGACACCCUGGAGUGCCAGGUGGCUGAAGUCAGGGUUGGAGGGCAGAGGGUGCUGUACCUUAACGCUAGAAGCUCCCUCCGAGCCAGGGUCCAGGCCGAGGGCACCAGUGACGGGCUCGACUUUAAGGAGGUCCAGCUGGUGAAGCAGCUGGUGGAACCUCCCCACGGCUGCCAUGGGAGCGUCAUUGGCUUCCCCAACCCCAGGGCAGGGUUGGACUCCUGGGACACGUGGCUGCUCUACUCUCACCCGGCAGACUCCACGCACAGGUCCAACCUGAGCGUGUACCUCAACAAGCAGCCCCCGGACGCCUUGGCCUGGUCGAAGCCCAGGCAGCUGGCCUCGGGGAGCUGUGCUUAUUCGGACCUCCAGAGCAUGGGGGCCGGGCCCGACGGGUCGCCCCUGUUCGGGUGCCUGUACGAAUCGGAUAACUACCAGGAGAUCAUCUUCCUCAUGUUCACCCUGAAACAAGCCUUCCCGGCUGAAGUUUUGCCUCAGUGAGUCAUCCCUGUGCAGUCCAAGAGCGGCUUCUCUUCUCCUUUUACGUGCUAAUUGCAAGGCUAAUUAUUUUUCUUCUCUGUCGGUGCCCUCUGGAUUUGGGAUGCCGUCUCCUGGUUCCCUUCAUUAAAAAUAUGAGGGAAGUUCUGCCUCCCAGCUCUGCUCCUUCUCUGUUUGAGUCUUCCCUGUGGAUUCAGUUUUCAGUCUAGAAACCAAAGGGACCUGGCUUCCUGUAGCCCCUUGAAAGUGAGGGAGGGUGUGCUGGUUUGGAUGUAUUGUGUCCCCCAAAACACCAUGUUCUUUAAUGCAGUAU